GUAACAAUCGGAACCAUAAGCGUGAGCACUCUCAUUUCCUUUCUGCUGAUAUUGUUAAUAGAAUGAUAGAAUGAUAGAAUGCGCUACUGUGAAUCUGCAUGCACAUAAUCAUGUGUAUACAUAUGUACAUAUAUGUUAGCUUGAACAGGAAUAGGUUUUAAUCGGAUGGUUAUCCAAUGUACAAUAAGUAAACAAAUAUAGAUGAUUGGAAAUUGCUGCUUUGAUACAUUUUUAAGCCUUUUUUUUACCACGUGACCACAUGAUAUGUAUUUUGAUGUAAUAUGGCGCCUUUAAUUGUCACAGUGUAAUAAAAUUUCUAAAAGGAUGUAAAAUUCUUUUAAAUGUUAAACUUGAAACUUAACACAGAAUGCCGGUUGAUAUAAAUCGAUUAACGGAAGGUUGGCUAGAAUUGGAAAGUGACCCAGGUAUAAAAUAAUAGCCUCAAGAGUUUAUUUACAUUGCUAUUGGAGGAUUUUGGAGUAAAAGGUGUACAAGUAGAAGAAAUAUAUGAUCUACAAAAAUCGUUGGAAGGUCCAGUGUAUGGUUUCAUAUUCCUAUUUCGUUGGAUAGAAGAAAGGAGGUCCAGACGUAAAGUUGUAGAACAAGAUGAAAGUUUUGUGAAAGAUGAAGAAAUUGUUAACAAUAUAUUUUUUGCACAACAGGUUGUGCCCAACAGUUGUGCAACACAUGCACUACUCUCUGUAUUACUUAAUUGUCCAAAUAUUCAUUUGGGUACAACUUUAUCCAGGUUGAAGAUGCAUACAUCUGGUAUGUGUCCAGAAAAUAAAGGAUGGGCAAUUGGUAACACACCUGAAUUGGCUUGCGCUCAUAAUUCUCAUGCAAUGCCACAAGCCAAAAGACGGCAAGAUAAAAAUACUGGAGUCUCAACUGGUAGGUUUACUGGAGAAGCUUUUCAUUUUGUUAGUUAUGUACCAAUUAAUGGUAGAUUAUUUGAGUUGGAUGGUUUAAAACCAUACCCUAUGGAUCACGGUCCAUGGAAAGAACACGAAGAGUGGACUGAACAAUUUAGAAGAGUAAUUACCGAUCGUUUGGGAAUGGCAACAGGGGAACAAUUGCAAGAUAUAAGAUUUAACUUAAUGGCUGUUGUUCCUGAUAGAAGACUUGCUAUUUCACAUAAAUUAACUAUGUUGAAGACUAAUAGACAGAUAGUAUUAGAGGCAUUGCAACAACUUGUUAAACUAAGUCAUCAAGAUGGGACAGAGAAAAAUUCGAAUGAUACCGAGAAAUCGGAUAAGUCAUACGAGAAAAAGAACAAACCUGAAGAGGAAAAUGGCUUGUCUAAUAAAUCAGAGAUUGAUGAAACUACAUCAGCACCAGCUAUUACAGUUGAAAGAAGUAGCGAUUCUACUAUAGAUACCGAAGAACCAGCUUCAAGCAUAACUUCCGGAAAGACUGAAUCAAAUGGUAUGGAGAAAGUAGUAAUGUGUGCACUGGAUUAUGCUACGCCUCUUAGAAUCCAAACUUCACCAGCACACAGCUCCUCCAGUACUGAUACAUCUUCUGAGAUUGGAUCCGCAUUUAAUUCUCCAACGCAAGCAUGGGGAUGGAAUUCUGGCCAGAGCAGUCCAACGUCGACGAAAGAUUUCAAAAAGUUUGUUGUAAUUAGAGUAUCUGGGGAUGAAAAGAAUGAGGCAGGUUUAAUAGGUCGUUCUCUUGGGAACAUUAAUAUAAAUGGAAAAAGAUUAGUUUCCGACAGCGGGCACUUACAUAAGAAGGUCUGCUUGUCGGGAGAAGUUAGAAUACCUCAUGCCAGAGUAAAGACUAGUAACGGAGACACGGUUACCGAAGAAAAGAAGGUUGAAAAAAUCGAUCCGAAAUUAUGUACGAAAUACCCGGAGUUGUUUGAACCGCAUACGUUCGCGCCCAAAGAUCUUCUAGCAUUAUUGAAGAAUUUAGAACACGAAAUUAGUAUUUGUGAGACUAGCUUGAAAGACGAAAACGAUAAGAGGAACAAGUACAAGAUUGACGAUUGUCGUAGAACACAUAACUACGACGAAUUUAUCUGUACCUUCCUUUCGAUGCUUGCUCAACAAGGCAAAUUAGCGGAAUUGGUCCAACAACAUUUGACUUUAAAGAAACACACUUCCGUAUCAGUGAAUAGGGUUCAUAGAUCUUCAAAGAAGACCGACACUCGUCCAAACUCAUCACGUAGACGUCGAGGUAGAACAAAGUGUAAAAAACGAAAAUAAUCUUGGUAAUUGAAUCGAAAUGGUAAUAAUGGAGCUGUUAUCCCACCUAUCGAAUCGUCAAUAAAUUGUUGCAAGGACACAAUUUCAAAACGACAACAAGCAUGUAAAAAGAUUAUACUAUUGUUGAAGAAAAAUAGAGAUUGUGUUUCACUCUUCGUAAUACUUACGCAGCAUCAAGAGCGCCGAACUAUCAGUACUUCUUUUACUUUCUUACGCAGAUAUUCUUUAGACAAUGGUAGAUCGACAGCAGUGUUGAUUAUAAUACUACUUUUUCCAUUUGGACUUCAAUCUUUGUCACGAUUGACAAUUAUACUUUAGAACUGUACAAAUUAACUUUAUGAUAUAUUUUUUAUAUUUCUUUCAUAUUAAUGCGCGAUUUCUACUGUCACACUAUGUUUAUAGAUACUAUGAACCUAUUGCGUACUCUUUGCAGUGUGUAUUAGUAAUCUUUAUCUCUGCAUCUAUUAUGUUUCAUAAGAAAUAUAUGGUUUCUUAGAUA